AUGUCUGCCGACAGUCGCGACGCGGCCGUUCGCGAGGCAAAACGCUUCAUCCGUGAGGUCGUGCGUAACGACUGGGAAUACGACCCCAUUGCAAACCCAAACGGUAUUCGUCCAUCAUCCUCUUCCUCCACCUCUUCCUCCAUCGGCAUCCUGUCGCAAGGUCGUCAAGUCACCGACUGGCGCCCCCGCGAAUUCGAUAGCUCCGGCUCUGAGCUCGAACCACAAUCAUCCGAUCAAUCUGAUGAUGACGAGUUCUCCCCAGGUGCUGCGAAGCUAGGAGGUGAUCCAGUCGUCGAGCAACGGCGCCGACGCCGACGACAGAUGGAGGAGGAGAUGGUAUGGAACGAGGGGUUGAGGAGGUGGAUCGCACAACGAAACGCAUGGUCAGGAGCUCGGACCCGGCGACAAAUUUGCGCCAAGGAGCAGAAGCGCAAUCUAGCCGAUACGCAUAUACCUUCAAGGGACCAAUCUACCGCGAAUACGACACCUUCGGCGGAGGAGAGCGGUGCGGGGAUUUCCCCGCCCCCGGUCACCCAGGCCGCCGCCGACGGCGAAGUUGGCGAGACCGGCGAUGCGUCAGUUCUCUCGAAUAGGGCCGAGGCGACGCUUUCUCUUGCGGAAAGGGAGAAGAUUGAGGAACACCAUCGCCGGCAGGAUCAGGAGGAAGAGCACUCGACUGCUCCGGACGAGGAGGCCAAGCGCAAGGGCUCAACAGAGACCAGUAUCACCGAGCCAGAUCAGCAGGCGCCUGGUAAAGAAUCGGCAAGCUUCGCGGCCAUCGACGAUUCCGAUAGCGAGGGGGAAGAUGACGAGGAGGAACUUGAGGAGCUUCUCAUCCCUGUUGCGCCGCCAUUGAUUUCGCCCUCGAAUCCUAUCCGCGCAACCAUCAACCCGAGCAUAUAUCCCUCCAUAUAUACCAAGGUCGUUGUGCAAGGCAUGACUCCUACCGUGCCUGUCAAUCUGGCAGAUCUUACCAAGGCAAUGGUACAAGGCUGGAAAGCAGAUGGCCAAUGGCCUCCUAAACCUGCCGUCACCUCAAUUGUCCUUGCGGACGAUGCCUCCGUUCCAAAGUCUGGGGACGGACCGAGCGAUGGAACGACAUCGAGACGGAAAAACAGCAUUACGAACGCCAUGCGUAAAGUAUUUCAUAACCCCUUCCACCGGCGUGGAUCGAGCCACGAUGCUGGUGUUUCAGGCAUCUGA